CAGAGCUGCAAUGCAAGGCGCUAACUUGCCAUCAGGAGCAACUUGGGGUUCAGUGUUUUGCCCAAGGACACUUCAACAUGUGGAGUCACGUGGGCCGGGAAUCGAACCACCAACCCAACCCUACAGUCAGUGGACAACCCGCUCUACCACCUGAGCCACAGCUGCCCAUAAAAUCCAGAAUUACAAAACAUAGCCGAUCUUUUCCACAGAAAGUUUUGUGAGUCACAUACUUGCAAAGAAAGGGCAUAAAGGUCAGCAAUGCUGCUGUUUGGCACUCGGGCCCAAUAGUUUCUGCAUAUUUGGGCCCAGAUGCAUCAUGUGACAUCAUCACAACACGCAUUCAGCCAAACAUGUCUUUGAUUCACGUGCAUCAGACAUGAAUACAGCUAAAAGGUCUCAUUGACCAACAAACAUCACUGUGAAAGGCAAAAGAAUUCCGUGCAACUCAAGUAGUUUUCCGCAAGAAAAGCACAAAAACUUCCACAAGUUGACUCACAAAUUUUGAAAAAAGCCAAAGUCGAGCACUUUGGCCACAAUGGACUGAUUUCUACGCAAACAUUUACUGUAUCUAUACUGAACUCGUUCUUAUACUGAACUAGCAAGAUGUGAACUAGCAUGACAGUGUACACAUAGUAGCACAUGAUAUCAGAUGUUGGUACCGGAGCAGUUUUACAAGUAUGUGUAAAUGAGCACUAUUAGGCUGAUCCUCGAUAUCAGUAUCGUUAUUGAUCCCUAAUUAAAAGUCUGCAACCACAAUGUCACCUUCAUAAACUGUAUUCAAGCAAUUAGUUCUCAUAGCUAAACACUGAAAGACAUCUCAAUGUUGGUACAAUGGGAGGAUAACUAUGUUUGGAGGUUAACAAAUUACAUCAGAACCUACCAAGCAAAAGAACUACGUUUCAAGCAGAAGCAAUAUAAGCUCAGUGACCAUCCAUCCCUGCACCGCGAGUAAUUUACACUUUAAACACUCUUACUUUAAUAAAUCACUAUUUGCAAGGAUAUUUGAGGCGGGUGUUGUAAGGGCAUGCAGAUUGUCUGGGUUUAAAAGAUAUCCGUCCUUCGUGUAAUACUGCCAUACCAACACUCAUCAAACCCCCUACUCCCCCAUCCCUUUUUUUGGAUUAAUGCUGCUCUGUGAGUUAAUUAUAUAAAAGAUUUAUCGGUGUAAAGCAUGAGUACUUCUAAUGAGGUGGUUAUGAGGCGUUCUAGAUUUGCUGAUUGUAGAUUACUAUUACAGGAUUGUCAGAGCGACUCACAGCAGCUCAAGGACAUCACAUUAUAGAUAAUUAUUGUCCACUGAUUCAGUAGUGGACAUAUCAGAAACAUCUGUCUCCUUCAUACAUAGUAGUGACUAUUGUGGGCUACAUUACAAACUCACACAGAUUAUACAGUCUUUUAUAGCUGUAUAAUAUAGAUAAUAUAGAAUUAUUAUAAAAUGUACUACUAAUAUAAUGUCAUUUUUAACAUUUCAGGACAGCCUUUAAAGAUGCUUAUAGCAUUUUUAGUCUAGAUGUUUUUAGUUCAUCAGUAAAUCAGUGCGAUAAUAGUUAUCACAGUUAAUAGUUACUGUUGUAGUAGUAUACUAAAUACUCUUUGAUGUCAUUCUUCCUUCUCAGAGCCAUAUUAAUAUUCUCAUAUUAUUUGAAAAUAUUCCCUUGUGUCUCAUAUUAGAAUAGCUAUUCAAUUAGCUGGUUGGUGUGUGUUUGUGGAGUUCACUUGGUGGAAGGCUGCAUGUGCCCUGCAUUAUUUAAAGUGCGAACAGGAAGGAGUUAAUGAUCUUUCAGGAAACGCAAUCCAUCUUCUUACCGAGCUCUGUGUUCUUCCCUGACAGAAGACCAGAGAUUUAGCUCCCUUCCCCAGAUAAUUACUGGCCUACAAGCUAAAAAAUCACUCACAUUCCCUCAUAUAACCCUGCCAUAAACUUUCUGAUUCCCUGCUGCCUAAUAACAGGGAACUUAUAGGACUUGUUUUUCAUUUCUUUUCUUUUCUUUUUUUAAUCCUCAUUUUCUCAGCUUUGACCAAAACCUAUACUGUCUCAUAAAGUGAACAGAGCAUUUGCCAGGCCCGGGCCUCUGUGAUGAUCUACGAUGACACCAGCAAGAAGUGGGUGCCCAUCAAGCCAGGCCAGCAGGGCUUCAGCCGCAUCAACAUCUACCACAACACUGCUAACAACACCUUUCGGGUGGUGGGAGUCAAACUGCAGGACCAGCAGGUUGUGAUAAACUACUCUAUAGUGAAGGGUCUGAAAUAUAACCAGGCCACUCCGACGUUCCACCAGUGGCGCGAUGCCAGACAAGUCUACGGACUCAACUUUGCCAGCAAGGAGGAGGCCACCACUUUCUCCACUGCCAUGCUUUUUGCCCUCAAUGUGCUCAGCUCACAAGAUGCAGCAGGUCCAGCUGGUCAACGGCAGAAUGGACCAACAACGGAUGACACAGAAGCACAGCGGAGGCAGAUGAUGGAGCAGCAUCAGAUGCAAAUUGAAAGGGAGCGGCGGACAUCUGGCUCGGCAGCAGGCCCUCCCAUCCCUCCAGGACAUCCCUCCAUGCUCUCAUCCACUCCCCCACUCCACCCCCCCGCUCCUGCCCCCAUGGCAGGUCCUCCAGCUCCUCCACCUCCACCUGGACCUCCUCCCCCAGCUGCUGCAACACCUCCUAACCCCCCUCCUCUCCCAGCUCCAUCAGGCUUGGCUGCAGCUCUGGCUGGAGCCAAACUGCGCAAAGUACAGCGGCCUGAGGAGAGCUCUGCAGGGUUGGGCAGUGCCAAGAACGAUGCAAGCCGCUCCAGUGGAGGCAGCGGAGGAGGAGGAGAGGGCCUCAUGCAAGAAAUGAAUGCCCUCCUAGCACGAAGGAGGAAAGCUUCCGAAAAACCCGAAGACAGUCAAAAUGAAGAGUCCAACGGCUCGCCAGCCUCACGUGGCUCAGAUGCUCUUAAAAAGCCAUGGGAGCGAGCAAAUUCUUCAGACAAAUCCUCUGCUGGAUCAAGGUUGAGAGCUGUUGGCAGCACCACUGACGGAGAAUCAGGAGACUUCGACAGAAUGAAACAGGAGAUCUUGGAGGAGGUUGUGCGUGAACUGCAUAAAGUCAAAGAUGAGAUCAUAGAUGCCAUUAGAAGAGAACUCACUAGGAUGGGUGCUACAUAGUGUUCAGAAGCAUGAAAACACCACCAAAAGGCUCUUGGGAAAGUAUGGAAAGGAUCCUGUGGCGCUUUGGAGGAAUGGUCUUGCAACAUAGCUGCAACGGCAUGGAAAAAGUUGGUGUUGCAGGAAUGUUGCAUCAACAAGGAGCAUUACAGAAAGGAGCAAGAGAAAGAAGUGAAAUGGAAGUGAUUUAGAGUGAGUGCUUGUAUGCAUGUGCGAAUGGGUGGAUGUAUGAAAGGAUGUAUGGAUGGACCUUCACACUGAAUUUUCUAUUUCCUCCUGUAUAAACAUUAAAAGACUAAGCCCACUGUGCAGUUUGCUGCUCCCAGUCUUUCAAGUCUUAAAGAGAAAUUUGACAAGGUGGACCUUGAUGAAGAUAUUUGUGUUUUAUACGGUUUUAUUGUUUCAUUACUGUUAUUGUAAAAGUAAUUUUAUUAUCAGUGGCAUCUGCCAGAGAAAUAGAAACACAAAGUUGUCACUUUUUAUGUCAGUGUUUUAUAUUUCACCUUCAUAUUUUGGUUUUUGAUAAGCACAUUCAGCACAAAUUUGCGCUGACCUGUCACCAUCCCUCAUUACAGUUUUAAUCUUUUAUUUAUUAGGUCUUUUUUUUUUUUUUUUUGCCAAUACACAUGUUCACUGGAUUUUUUUUAGCUUGAAUUUGAAUUGGUAGUGUGAAGUUAUUGAUGAUGGUCGUAUGAGAGAUGUAUCUGUAGCUAUAGCCCUGUAAAAUGGCGGUUUGUGGACUCUCCUCAUUUGUUUUGAAAGAGAAUUGGUUCCUAAUAUUGGGUCCUAAAUUAUUCAAAUGAUUAGCCUAGCCUACUGGGUUAAUCCUCUUAAAAGUUAACAUUAAAAUGACCUUUGAAUAAAACACUGAAUCUAUAACUUGUGAAUUUGUCUUCUUUUAUAUGCCCAAGAAGGUACUCAAGAUGAAUAUUUGUUUUCAUUUUUCUUAUACAAUACGCCUUCAAAUGUAUUUUCACACUAUAUAAUAUCUAAAACAACAUUAAAUUAAUACAAAUAAACAAUAAACAAAAAGCACGGUGGCUUAGUGGUUAGUACGUUCACCUCACACCUCCAGGGUCGGGGGUUUGAUUCCCACCGUGACCAUGUGUGUGUGCGCGGAGUUUGCAUGUUCUCCCUGUGCUGCGGGGGUUUCCUCCGGGUACUCCGGUUUCCUCCCCCAGUCCAAAGACAUGCAUGGUAGGCUGACUGGCGUGUCAAAAGUGUCUGUAGUGUAUGAAUGGGUGUGUGUGUGUAAGUAAAUGUGUCCUGCGAUGGAUUGGCACCCUGUCCAGGGUGUACCCCGCCUUGUGCCCGAUGCUCCCUGGGAUAGGCUCCAGGUUUCCCCGUGACCCUGUAAAGGAGUAAGCGGUAUAGAAGAUGGAUGGAUGGAUGGACAUAUAAAUAGCAAAAUGGGUUGUUUUUUUAAAAAUGUACCAUCUGUAGAAAGUAUCUUAAAGAACUUAAUGCAUUUUUGUAAUGAUAUCAUUUGAUAUUAAUGUUUUUGUUUGUUUGAUUUUUACAAUCCUUACAUUGACCGGUAUUCAUGAAAGUAACGUAUGGUCAGAUCUGUUCGUAAAAUGAGCAUAUGCAAAUUCAACCGUUUGCUCAGUCAUUAGUUUCAUCUUUGGCAUAUUCGUAUGAUCAAACUCAUGUCUGAACUAACAGCAUGUAAAAUUGAGAAUAAUAUUUAAACAACCUGCAGUUAAAUAAUUAAAAAGCAAUAUCAGUUUCAUCAAGUAGAGCACAGGGCUGGGCGAUAUACUUAUAUAAUAUCGAGAUCAUUAUAAAUGAUUACGGGAUACACUUUUCUGAGAUAUCACUGGUAUGGUGAUGUAUUGUUUAUGUUUUUUAUCAUAACAAUUUAAAUGUUACUGAAUGAUUUG